GGCCAGAGUCUGCAAGAAGCAGCUGAUCGGUCACGUGAUUUGCAGAAGGGAGAAGUGUGUCACAUGCCUUUCUGCAGUUUCCAGUCAACCAAAAUGGCUUUGCAAAGCGGCUUCCACGCGCGGAUUCUGCUAGGAGUUUUCUUUUUUGUCAGUGCGUCGUUCGUCCCGUGCGAUGCUCGUUUGAGAAACUUACAUUUUGGGACGCUGUUUGAUGUUGAGCAUACACUCGGAAAUGGCACCGCAGAAGAGCUGUGGUUCACUCAAAGACUGGAUCAUUUUAACGGCGCCGACAGACGAGUUUGGAAACAGAGGUACUUUGUGAACGACAGUUUCUUCAGAAGUGGCGGUCCGGUUUUCUUGAUGAUCGGUGGGGAAGGUCCAGCGAAUCCCGCGUGGAUGCAGUUCGGGACCUGGCUGACGUAUGCUCAGAAGCUCGGAGCGCUCUGUUUGAUGCUGGAGCACCGCUUCUAUGGGAAGAGCCGCCCGACUGAGGAUAUGAGCUUGGAGAACCUGCGCUACCUGAGCAGCCGCCAGGCGCUGGCCGACCUCGCGCACUUCCGCACCGCCAUGGCGGAGGCCCGCGGGCUGGCGAACAGGAAGUGGGUGGCGUUCGGUGGCUCGUACCCCGGCUCCCUGGCGGCCUGGUUCCGGCUGAAAUACCCACACCUCAUCCACGCUGCCGUGGCAACCAGCGCACCUGUGCAUGCUGUGCUCAACUUCCCAGAGUACCUUGAAGUGGUUCGGCGGUCCCUUGCUGCUGAGAACCUAGACUGCCCUCUGCUGGUGCAAAAGGCAUCCGACACCCUGCUGGAGCGUCUGAAAGACCCGAAGGCCUACAACAACAUCACUGAGGACUUCAGGCUGUGUGAGAAGCUGCAGAUCCAGACUGAUAUGGACUCUGCGUACCUCCUGGAGUCGCUGGCUGGGAACUUCAUGGAUGUGGUCCAGUACAACCAGGACAACCGGGCAUUUGAGGGUGUAGUUGGGACGAACAUCACCAUCCAGGUGUUGUGUGGGCUGAUGCUGGACGCGUCUCUGGGGGAGCCGUACGACAGGUAUGCAGCCGUCGCCCGCCUCAUGCUCCAGACCUUCUCCCAAAAGUGCCUGGAUGCCAGCUACACCAACUACGUGCGGGACAUGAGGAAUGCGUCCUGGAGCAGUCCUGCCUCAGGAGGACGGCAGUGGGUUUACCAGACCUGCACGGAGUUUGGGUUCUACCAGAGCACCGACUCGCCCAACCAGCCUUUCAGCGGCUUCCCCCUGCCGUACCAUGUGAAGCAGUGUGGGGAUGUGUUCGACCCCUCCCUGACCGCGGACGCCAUCGCCAGCGCCGUUCAGGAGACCAAUGAGCAGUACGGCGGCUACGACAUCCACACCAGCCGAAUCGUCUUCCCCAAUGGCUCCAUCGACCCCUGGCAUGCCCUGAGCGUCACCAGGGACAUCAGCGAUGACCUGCCCGCCGUCUUCAUCCAGGGCACCGCCCACUGUGCAAACAUGUACCCGGCGCGGGGGCAGGAUCUCCCCCAGCUCAGCCUGGCCCGGGACCACGUGUACCUGCUACUGCAGAAGUGGCUGAAGCAGUGACAUCUUCCUAAAGACCCCCCCCCCCCCCCCCCCCCCCCACAGCCCGAGCCCAGAUCACUAUGGCCUUUAAGUUCCUGUGGCCUAAAGCACUUUAAUGUCUCUCGCUGCAAUGCUCGUUUUGUAAAUCUCUAAAUAAAUGUAUUGAGGUACGAUA